CCAUCAUUCGAUCAAAACAAUUGAAUGAUACGCAGCGUUCAUCAUCUACCAUAAAAAAAUGUCCGAUCCAACUCCAGAGAGUUCCACCUACACAGGGGAAUCCGAUCCAAUGAAGCAGCCAGUCAACCUUGCACAAAUUCUGGAAAUUCUCCAAAAUUUUCAAAAUUUAGCACCCAAGGCCGAACCUAUCGAGAGCUCUUCCAAUCAGCCGUUAAAUUUGGCGGAAAAACUCAACGAUAGGAACUACGCCAUUUGGGCGCGUAAAAUGAGCCUGGCUCUGGACGGGAGAGGACGGCUCAAGCACAUCAUCGCCGCACCUCUCAAAUCUGAUGAUGCCAAAUAUAUUAAAUGGAGACAAGCAGAUUCAACGGUAAUAACGUGGAUACUUGAAAACAUAGAAUCGGAUAUUGUUAAUCAAUAUAUCGAUUACCCUACUGCCUGGGAUUUGUGGAAGGGGAUCGAAGCCACGUACAGCUCCGGAAAAGAUCCCCUCCAAAUCUACGACCUGAUAGUUAAGGCCAGCGAAAUCAAACAAGACUUUUUCCUGUCUGUCAGUCUAGGACUCGGUGGGACCGAUACGCCCCAAACAAGAAUGCGAAAGAGUAUUAGUAAUGAGAGAACAUUUUCAGCUACUGGCAAUGAGUCAUUUCUCUAUAAAAAGCUGGUGGACCUUGCAGAGAUGCUUUCUGCAGAGAUGGAAGAAGAAGGCCUUUCUGGGAGGACACUGACACUGAAGCUAAAAACUGCUUCUUUUGAGAUAAGGACUCGAGCAGUGACUUUGCCAAAGCACAUCGCCUCAAAAGAGGAAAUAUUCAAGCAUGCUUCAAAGCUUCUGAAAGCCGAGCUCCCUGUAUCUUUACGUCUCAUAGGACUCCGUGUUUCUCAGUUUAUGGAAGAGAAUGCCAACCCUUCUGAUCCCACACAAAGAACACUCUCCAACUUUGUUGUUCAAGGAGAUGUUGCAAGAGAGGAGGAGGACGAUCAUGUGCCUUCGUGCUCUGAUAUUAGCGAAAAUCCCUUCACAGGCGACACGUGUUCCGACUUUCCCACGAAAAGCAGCGAAAUAUCUCAAAGAGACAAAGUCAAAGUCAAUGUGUGUGAACCCAGUGAUGCUAGCAACUCAUCAAGGCCAUCAACAGAGUUACAGCUGGAGGUUGCCGCUAACGAAACAGGGCAUUGCUCAGAUGAUCAUGAAGAGUUUCUAGUUUGGUUGGACGGCUAUAAAUGCUCGCUCUGUGGUAUUGAAAUGCCUCCAGGUUUCAUCGAAGAGAGACGAGAGCAUUCCGACUUUCAUGUUGCACAAAGGUUGCAAGACGAGGAAUCGAAUGACAACUACAGAUUGCUGACCCCUAAUAAGCAAAGGUCAAUACAGAAUGGGGCUGCAAGAAAUGGAGGUGGUCAGAGAAAGAAGAAGAAAUUGUCUCCUGCUUCCACCAAGUGCAUUCCAAUUGAUUCUUUCUUUGUCAAGACAAAUCAGAAUUUCUAGCUUCAAAAGUUUGAAUAGCAAUUAGAAAUUGUUUGUGUACCUUCCUUUUCUUGUACAGUAUGUAAUAAGCAAUUAUAGAAAGAAUAUAAUGUACAUUUAAAGUUUUAUGAUCCCACAUUCUUAUAUACAUUCAAUUUUUAUGAUAAUUUUUAAAAUUAUGGCCAGGCUAUUUUGACACCAAGGUAUAAGUGUCAUAUUAUGACACCACCAAACUAAGGCUGAAUAAACUUAUACGAAAAUG